AUGACUCUCCCUCCAGAGUUGUUAGAAAUAAUUUUUCUACGGUUGCCGGUGAGGUCCCUUAUUCAAUUCAAGUGCGUGUGUAAGCAAUGGCGUUCUCUGAUUUCUGAUCCCUACUUCGCAAAAUUGCAUUAUGAUGUCGCCAUUGCACCCACUCACAACAAUAAUACUAAGCUCCUCUAUUUGUCAAGCGAUUUUUCUAGGGCUUGUUGUGUGAAAACAGAACCAUCAAUUCAUCAUGAUUAUCCUUUUAAGCUUCAAGAAACUUACAAGAACCAUAGCUUGAGGAUUAUUGGUUCAUGCAGAGGCUUUGUACUGUUGCGAAACUACAAGCCUAAGCCGGUUCUCAUUCUUUGGAAUCCAGCAACUGGUUCUCAUGUAAGAGUUCCAUAUCCAAAUAACUCCUCGAAUUCGGAGUUUCCUUGUCCAGAUUUCUUUUGCCAUGGUGUUGUGUAUGAAAAAUCCAAUGAUGACUAUUUAGUAAUCAUGGGAUCGGUUCGACCUCUAAAGCGAAAACCCGAGUGGAAGUUUUUCUCUGUGAGAAGCAAUUCAUGGAAGGAAAUUGAAGGUGGUGAUUGCUUUACUCCAAAUAUUUCUAUGGGUCAUCAACUAGGAUUGUUAUACAAUGAAGCUAUUCAUUGGUUAGUGGUGUAUAAUGGCAGUGAUUACCCGCGAGGUAUCGUAAUUGUUGCCUUUGAUAUCGCAACGAAAACUCUAUCAAUGAUUCCCUUACCGUACCCACAAGAUCCUAGUCAGUGGGAGUUAAGCCUCGUUGGAGGCGCAGGAUUCUUUGGGAUAUGUAUGUUGAACGAGUUUUGGCCGUAUAUAUUUGUGAUGAAAGAAUACAAAGUGGAGUCAUCUUGGAUUUUAAUUGAUAUGUUACUUCCUUCCGAUAAUACAAUGAUUCCUUUGUGUUUUACUCAAAGUGGGGAUGUUGUAUGGAUGAAUAGGAUUAACAAAGAUCUAAUAAAAUUCGGAAAAUUGGGGAGCAACGAAGAAGAAUUACAAGAGUUCAAACUGGAUUUUUGUGAUAAAGAUACAGUUUUAGUCAUGUUUAAUGAGUCUUUGUUGUCACUUCCAAGUAGUUGUAGACAGGAAGAGUAG